AUGGCGAUGAGCAGAAUCCGCGGCGCCUUUGCGGUGCCUAGGAAAGGAGAGACCUUCGAGUUGCGAGCCGGUCUUGUAUCACAGUACGCCUACGAGAGAAAGGAGGCAAUCCAAAAGACGAUUAUGGCCAUGACAUUGGGCAAGGAUGUAUCAGCUCUGUUCCCCGAUGUCCUCAAAAAUAUCGCGACUACCGACUUAGAGCAAAAGAAGCUAGUAUAUCUCUAUCUUAUGAACUACGCCAAAUCACAUCCUGACCUCUGCAUUCUCGCCGUGAACACCUUUGUGCAAGAUUCGGAAGAUCCAAACCCGCUUAUCAGGGCGCUCGCAGUCCGAACAAUGGGGUGCAUUCGGGUGGAUAAAAUGGUUGACUACAUGGAGGAACCACUUCGAAAAACACUGCGGGAUGAGUCGCCGUACGUUCGCAAAACUGCUGCCAUCUGUGUGGCCAAACUCUUCGACUUGGGGCCCGCCAUGUGCUUAGAAAACGGUUUCCUCGAGAUGCUUCAAGAAAUGAUUGCCGACCCAAACCCGAUGGUCGUGGCGAAUUCGGUAACCGCUCUAUCGGAGAUUCACCACGCUGCACCGGAGACCCGAGCCCUCCAGGUAACCGGAAAUACGCUCCGGAAGCUCUUGAUGGCUUUGAAUGAGUGCACUGAAUGGGGUCGAGUUACAAUCCUUACAACGCUGUCGGAGUAUAAAACAAGUGCUGUGAAUGAGGCAGAACAGAUUUGCGAACGUGUUGCGCCUCAAUUCCAGCAUGCGAACCCUAGUGUGGUGCUAGCUGCCGUCAAAACAGUCUUCCUCCACAUGAAAUUAGUGAACCCAGAGCUUUCCAAAACCUAUCUAAAGAAAAUGGCUCCUCCACUAGUCACCUUGGUGUCAUCCGCCCCAGAAGUGCAAUAUGUCGCUCUACGAAACAUUGAUUUAUUACUCCAGAAACAGCCGGAUAUUCUCAACAAAGAGCUUCGCGUUUUCUUCUGCAAGUACAACGAUCCACCUUAUGUCAAGUUCCAAAAGCUUGAAAUCAUGGUGCGCAUAGCCAACGACCGGAACUUCGACCAGCUGUUGGCUGAACUGAAGGAAUACGCACUGGAGGUGGAUAUGGAUUUCGUACGCCGUGCAGUUAAGGCUAUUGGUCAGGUCGCGAUCAAAAUUGAAAGCGCCAGCGAAAAGUGUGUCAACACCUUACUCGAUCUUAUCGGUACCAAGGUCAACUACGUGGUGCAAGAAGCUAUUGUGGUGAUCAAAGACAUUUUCCGUAAAUACCCCGGUUAUGAAGGCAUUAUCCCUGCGCUCUGCAAGUGCAUUGAUGAACUGGAUGAGCCCAAUGCUCGGGCUGCACUCAUUUGGAUCGUUGGAGAGUACGCUGAAAAAAUCAGCAACGCCGGCGAUAUCUUGGCCGGUUUUGUCGAAGGUUUCGGCGAAGAGUGGCCUCAGACUCAACUACAAAUCCUGACUGCUGUCGUGAAGUUAUUCUUGAAACGCCCCGAUAAGGCUCAAGGUCUGGUGCAAAAGGUCCUGCAGGCGGCAACGGCAGAAAACGACAAUCCUGAUGUCCGUGACCGAGCCUAUGUCUACUGGCGAUUACUUUCCAACACCAGCGACUCCAACGCUGCCAGAAAUAUCGUGCUUUCCAAGAAGCCCCCCAUCGUCACUACGAUAAACUCCCUACCGCCUGUUCUUCUUGAACAACUUCUAUCUGAACUCUCCACACUCGCCUCCGUCUACCAUAUGCCUCCGGAGCAAUUUGUUGGCCAGGGCCGCUUCGGUGCCGAUGCUGUUCAGAAGGCGGCUAUCGAGGAACAACUUCAAAAUGCUCGAGAAAACCCAUUAGCUGCCGCUGCAGCCGCUGCCGCUACUGGGACAGCGGCUCCACAGCAGCAAAGCAACGUGGAGAACCUACUGGACAUCGACUUCGAUGGCACCGCACCCGCAUCUGCUCACAAGGAGGCCGACGGUGGUGUCUCCGGGCUCGAAGGCUUGGCUGGUACUCCUGUUCGCGUUGAUUCUCCUGCAGGCGGCGCCCCUUCAGGGAGCAAUAAUCUGGAUGACCUCCUCGGUGUGUUCGGAGAUAGCAGUGCCCCGCCUUCGACAGGUGCAGGUGCUCCUCCCACUGGUGGUGCAGGGGCGGAUCUCCUAAAUGGCUUCUCUGGCCUGGAUCUCUCUGGCGAUGGCAUGUCUUCACCGCCACCUGCGCCAGGAUCGAGUCAGCCAAAGAAAACAAACGAGGACAUUAUGUCAUUAUUCUGA